CAUCCAUAGCCCAUCAUGAGCAGUAGCACGCCACCUUCAUCGUCUUCUUCGGGGAUGAUGCCAUCAGGCAUGCCUCCGCCACCAGGGAACGGUACAAUGGGCGGUGGACAACCACCACCGUCCCAGGCUCCACCUUCGGCCGGAUCUACGCCACUCAGUGUAUUCUUCGUCGAACAGCAGCAGCAGCAGCAGCACCAGCAUCGUCUCUUUCCCCGCCAGUCGGCUGAACGAGACGCUGAUAUGCUGCAGGGCGUGCAGGACCACUUCGACGCCUACGCAGAGAUGCAGCGACGUCAGGCCUCGUCCUCGUCGUCGUCGACCCCCAUCACUACCCCUGCCGUAGGCUCCAACACCCCAACCCUCUCCGCAAUCCCCUCGUCCAACCCCACACCAUCCCAAUCCCAAUCCCCAUUCCCGUCUGACGGCGGACCCGCCCCCUUCUUCACCUUCGCCCUCGCAGCCGUCGCCCUCUUCGUUAUCGUCGUAGCCUUCGUCCUCCUUCGGAUCUGUCUCCGCAACCGGCGACUUCGACGACUCGGACUCUUGCCGGAUGGAGGCAAUGGCACAGGCGGGCCGAUGGAUCGCUUCCUUGGUGUUGGGCCCAUGGGUGGAGCGGCUGGAUUUGGCUAUGGGAGGGAGAUGCACGAGGAUACGAGCGUGCCGCCCAAGUUGUGGGAGGCGAGGAUUGUGCCCUACAAGGGCUCAGGUGGGGAAGGCGGCGGAGCGAUCCAACCCCCGGCAUCGUGGAAUGAUGAGCCUGCAGGGCCAUUGACGUCGAUGAGCGGCAAAGCCUAUGGUGGCGGCGGCGGUGCGGGUAGUACGAGCGGCGGAUGGGACAAGCUCAUGCCCAUCGCGGCUUCCCUCCCGACUACGAUCUACACCUCCUCGGGCGCGGCGGCCGCCUUUGCUGCUUCAGAGGGCGGUGACGCCUCCAAGGACAAGUCCAAGUCGAGCAGCAGUGGUGGUGUCAAUCUACCAGGAGCGUCAAAUCGCAAAGCUUCAAAGAAGAAGCGGGCCGCCACAGCCAAAGAGAGCGCGACUGUCCCCUCCACACCGGGUGGUACGGAGCAACAACCAGCACCAACUGACACGAUGCCCGGAUCGGUCAACGUCUCCGUUCUGAUCGCCAUGCCCUCCGCUCCAAAGGGAGACGGCGAGGAGCUCCCCGAGCUCAUGCUGGGCACGGCCGCCGUACCCAUCUACUCUACCUCACCCAGCACAGCAGCCAAGGACAAGCGUUCUAUGACUUCAUCGUCCAACGCCUCUUCCAGCAUGUACGACGCUCAAGUCAGAGAGAUGGGCUACUUUUCCCAGGCGGCAGGCUCAUCCUCGUCCUCCUCGCGGCCGAAUACGGCCACGGCUACGGCCGCGGCGACGGCGACGCGCACUCACCCGACUAGGGCGCAGCUGAUCAGCCUGUUUGAACAGGCGAGGGAGGCAAAGGAGAGGGCGAGGAAGAAGCGAGCAGCUGACGCUGUUGAUGGGGCAGGGCCGGAGGAGGAUGAUGGAUUGGAGACGGAUGAAGAGCCAGACGCAGACGCAGAGGAUGAUCGGGCGGAUGAGACGACGAUGCGUCAGGAUGGGGAGGGGGAGGAUGCAGUAAGGCGAGAACCGGCAGCUGCGCCUAUGGCAGACGUGGGAGGGGCGGGUCAUACUGGGGCGGCAAUACCACCAACGCACGCGACGACGUCAGCAAGGGAUCCGCCGCCGCCGACGAACUUGACUACGACUACGAACUGA